AAUAUCUCCAUUUUUGCAAAACCUUGUCAGUGCUCACUGCUCACUCUCUUUCACUUUCAUUCAUCUCCAUUAUUGUUUCAGAUCGUAAAAUCAAAACCAAAUUUUCGUUUAAUUUAUACAUAUAAACACCCAAAAAACAAAAAGGGCAUAAAAAAGGAGAUUCAAUGGGGAUCUUCUCCUUCAAUGCCAUAGCUUUGGCCUUCUUAUUAGCCAUUAUCUCCGGCGCCGUCAAUGCUUGCCCUCCUUCCGACCGAGAAGCAUUGCUAGCUUUAAGUUCAUCGUUAAAGGAGCCUUAUCUAGGCAUCUUCGAUUCAUGGAAAGGCACUGAUUGUUGUUCCAACUGGUACGGUAUUAGCUGUGACCCCACCACUCACCGAGUCACCGACGUUUCCCUCCGCGGCGAGUCCGAAGACCCCAUUCUUCAAAAAACCGGCCACUCAUCUUCCGGUUACAUGACCGGUACCAUUAACCCUUCUAUUUGUCAGCUUGACCGGCUCACUACUUUAAUCAUUGCUGAUUGGAAAGGUAUCGCCGGUGAGAUCCCAUCAUGCUUGGCGUCGUUGCCCAACUUGAGAGUCUUGGAUCUCAUCGGAAAUUCCUUAUCGGGAAAAAUCCCAGACCAGAUAGGGAACCUUCAAAAGCUCACCGUCUUAAACUUAGCUGAUAAUAAAAUCAACGGCGAAAUCCCAAGCUCCAUUGUUCAACUUUCCAGUUUAAAACACCUCGAUUUAAGCAACAACCUCCUCACCGGCGAAGUCCCGGCCAACUUUGGCAACCUGAAAAUGCUGAGCCGUGCAUUACUGAGUGGAAACCAACUCACUGGAACGAUCCCAAUCUCCAUCGGCAACAUGUACCGGUUAGCCGACUUGGUUAUAUCGAGAAACAAAAUACAGGGUCAAAUACCAGCACAGUUAGGCAAAAUGAAGGUGCUCGCAACGUUGGACUUAGGCAGCAACAUGCUCACCGGCGAAAUACCGCCGGCGGUUCUGGGUAGUACCGGUUUGGGUAUCUUAAACUUGAGUCGAAACUCCCUUGAAGGCAACAUUCCGGACGUUUUCGGGCCGAAAUCGUACUUCAUGGCACUUGAUUUAUCGUUCAAUAACUUGAAAGGUCCGGUCCCCGGAUCUUUAUCGUCGGCGAAGUUCGUCGGACAUUUAGAUCUCAGCCAUAACCAUCUUUGCGGUACGAUUCCGGUGGGAACGCCGUUCGAUCACCUUGAAGCUUCAUCAUUUGAUAGUAAUGAUUGUCUUUGCGGUAACCCACUCAAGACUUGCUAAUAAUAUUUGCUCAACGAAAUUGAUAAUUGUGCAUGGGGGAUUAAAUUGUAAUAGAAUGUUUUAUUUUGGGUUAUUAUUAGAAAUAAUAGAAGUAUUGAAGGUUGUCUUUGGUUAUUACACCGAUCUCAUUUAUGUGUAAUAACAUGUAGAAGUGUACGUAUUAUGUAACGUAAGCGUGUGUAUUAAUUAAUUUAAUGAGUGUUUUCUACGUAAAAUAUACUAAAACUA